AUGCAAACACGUUCAACAUUAGAUACAAGUUCAAAUAAUUUAUUUACAAAUAUUGAACGGUUAGGUACACGUGAUUUAUUAUCCUAUGGACAACUUUCAUAUGAUACUAUAUUAACAUCAAUCCAAAGUAAUAAUACAUUACCAUUUAUAUUACUUGAACAAAGAACUAAAGAAUAUAAUGAAUUAUAUAUAAAUUUAAUUGAACGUAAUUAUAAAUUAAUAACUAAAACUCAUGCAUAUACAUUAUGUUUAUUCGUGAAGCUGAUUUAA